AUGUUCUCUGUCGAUAGUGACAUUGAGACAUUAAUCUCCAUUUACCCAGACUCCACAUCAAAACACGACGAUGAAAAAUCGCCAACGGUUGUUGUGACAAUCAAUUUACACAACGAGAGCGAGGAAUGCUACAAAGUGUGGCGAUCAACACUUACUCUCGAAAUUCUUAUUAACAAAGAAUGUUAUCCAAAAGCAAAGUCCGUCAAAUUUCAUGUGACACACUGUGGCGGGGUUGAAGCUUAUAAAUUGGACGAAAAAUUGAACUCGUUCAUUUUGGACGGAAAUAGCGAACUCUCGCUCUUUCAAAUAUACGCAGACCUCCAAGAAUUCAUUGAAGACAAUACACACCCUUUUGGUAUUUGUUUGAUUUGUCUCGAGAAAGUGAGUACUGGCGCAACACAACUCCCAUGCUCUCAUUACUUCCACACUGCUUGUAUAGAUAAUAUGAAGGAACUCAACGUUCCCCUGUUAUGUCCAGCUUGUCGUUGUCGAUUCAUGAAAAACCCAAUAACUCCAAAGAAAGAUUCACGCGAUAAUUAUUACUCAAUGAAUGACGAUAUUUACGACCCAAUGUGCUCAUCACUUUCAAAGUAUUUUGCACUUAUCAGGAAUUCGGGAGUGAAACAAAGUCAUCACGUCAUCCUUUCGUACUUUAACGAAUGUUGCCCAGUCCUCUGCAGCUUCAACGAAAAAGAGGGAGGGUGGGUUAUAUCAUUCAGAAAUGAGCAUCAACUCCAAAAAGCUAUUAACACAUUCAAUGGAAAGGCAAUUCUUCCAAACUUCCCGUGUAUGGAAGUUACUCGGUAUGUACCUUGUUGA